GAAGUAGGAUAGAACUUAGAGCCUGGGCUCUGCUCUUCUGGGUACCCACUGCUGUCAGAGAGGCAGGAAAGAACCUCAGGUCCAGGGCCAUCACCACUAGCUUUGCCUGUGUGUGUGGAUCUUGGGGGCUCAUGGCUACCAGGAUUGACUUCAAGGCCUGAAAACCCUGGGGAUGCCACCCAGUCCCACAAGUCUACAUUCCCCUGCAGCUGAGCUGGGAGAUGGGCUCAGCUCCUGAACUUGCCCCAGACAGAAAGCAUAAUACACACUUGCCAGGGAGAGCCUGCCUGAUUCUGGGCUACUCGGAGUGCAGGUGGAAGGUAACCAAACCUGGGAGAUGCAGAGCACAGCUAAUUACCUAUGGCACACGGAUGACCUGCUAGGGCAGGGGGCCACUGCCAGUGUGUACAAGGCCCGAAACAAGAAAUCUGGGGAGGUGGUUGCUGUAAAGGUCUUCAACUCAGCCAGCUACCGGCGGCCCCCCGAGGUGCAAGUGAGGGAGUUUGAGGUGCUGCGGAAGCUCGACCACCAGAAUGUUGUCAAGCUCUUCGCUGUGGAGGAAACGGGAGGCAGCCAGCAGAAGGUGAUCGUAAUGGAGUACUGCCCCAGCGGGAGCCUACUGAGUGUCCUGGAAGACCCUGAGAACACAUUUGGGCUUCCCGAGGAGGAGUUCCUGGUGGUCCUGCGCUGUGUGGUGGCUGGCAUGAACCACUUGCGGGAGAACGGCAUCGUCCACCGUGACAUCAAACCUGGGAACAUCAUGCGCCUGGUGGGGGAGGAGGGGCAGAGCAUCUACAAGCUGUCCGACUUUGGGGCUGCUCGGAAGCUGGACGAUGAGGAGAGCUUUGUUUCUGUCUAUGGUACGGAGGAAUACCUGCACCCUGACAUGUAUGAGCGGGCCGUGCUUCGUAAACCCCAGCAAAAGGCGUUCGGGGUGACUGUGGAUCUCUGGAGUAUUGGGGUGACCCUGUACCAUGCAGCCACCGGUAGUCUGCCCUUCCUCCCCUUUGGUGGGCCCCGGCGCAACAAGGAGAUCAUGUACAGGAUCACGACAGAGAAGCCAGUCGGGGCCAUUUCAGGGACUCAGAGGCAGGAGAACGGGCCCCUGGAGUGGAGCUAUAACCUCCCCAUCACAUGCAGACUGUCCAUGGGGCUGCAGAGUCAGCUGGUGCCCAUCCUGGCCAACAUCCUGGAGGCAGAGCAGGCCAAAUGCUGGGGCUUUGACCAGUUCUUUGCGGAGACCAGUGACAUCCUGCAGCGAAUCAUCAUUCAUGUAUUCUCCCUGCCCCAGGCGGUCUUGCAUCAUGUCUACAUCCAUGCCCACAACACGAUUGCCAUCUUUUUGGAGGCUGUUUAUGAGCAGACCAACGUGCCUCCCAAACACCAGGAGUACCUCUUUGAGGGUCACCCUUGUGUCCUUGAUCCAAGCCUCUCAGCCCAGCACAUUGCCCCCACAGCUGCCAGCAGCCCCCUGAUUCUCUUCAGCUUGGCCAACGAUGCACCCAAGGGGCUGGCCUUCAGGGACCCUGCUCUGGACAUCCCAAAGUUCGUCCCCAAGGUCGACCUACAGGCAGAUUACAACACGGCUAAGGGGGUGCUGGGUGCUGGUUACCAGGCCCUGUGGCUGGCGCGGGUCCUGCUGGAUGGGCAGGCGUGGAUGCUUCGAGGGUCCCACUGGGUCCUGGAGGCGCUUCAGAACACGUGCCGGCAGACACUGGAGGUCACGCGGACGGCCCUUCUCUUCCUCAGCAGCAGCCUGGGCAUUGAAAGACUCAGCAGUGGAGUUGGGAUGUCAGAGUUCCAGGAACUAAAGGAGGCCACAGAGCUGUGGUCCAGGCUGCAGACUUUCUCAGAGGUCCUCUCGAGGUGUUCCCACAACGUCACAGAAACCCAAGUGAGCCUGAGCAGCCUGGGAAAAGAGAUUUUGAAGAACCGGAAUCAGAUCCACGAUGACAGCAAAAGGUCUGUGGGGCUUCCGUCAUCUGUGUGCCCCGACCCUGUGUCCUUGGACCAAAAGACCAGCUUGUCUGAGAAUGGGGCAUCUGAAAAAUUUGCAUUAGAGUUCCUGAACCGGGAGAUUUCUUACACUAGCUUUAUAAAUGCCCACAGAGACCUUCUGGGCAAGGGACUCGGCUACAACGAGGAGCAGAUCCACAAGCUGGAUAAGGUGAAUUUUAGCCACUUAGCCAAGAGGCUGCUGCAGGUGUUCCAGGAGGAAUGUGUGCAGAAGUAUCAGGUGUCGCUGGUCACACACGCCAAGCGGAUAAGGCAGGUGCAGAAGGCCCAGAACCACCUUCACCUCCUUGGCCGCUCUGUGGCUGCCUGUAACACAGAAGCCCGGGAAGCCCAAGAGAGCCUGAGCAAGAUCUUUGAUCAGCUCCUUCUGGACAGAGCAUCAGGAGCUGAGAUCUCACCACGCCCCACGGCUCUUCAUCCCAGCCCUGAUUCAAAGGACCUGGUCUUCCACAUGCAGGAGCUUUGUAAUGAUAUGAAGAUGUUGGCCUUUGAUCUCCAGGACAACAACCGUCUCAUCGAACGGUUACAUAGAGUUCCAUCCGCACCCGAUGUCUGAGCUCCCUGGGGUGCACAAGAUACUUGGAAGCAUUAGCGUCAUUCAUACUGUACCUCUGCACCGUGAGACCAAAUUCAGGGCAAGUUCCGGUCUCACCAGCCUACCUCCCUCUUGGCCACUGGCCAACAGACGAGCAUUACUUUGACAGCCUGUCCUCGUGGACAGCUGGGACAGGGCCUCCUAGCUAUCCUGGACAGUAUCCAUCAGAGAGCAUGCAGCCACUGUUGAUUCAUCCUGGCACCAAGACUCUUCCUCCUCACGCGGACCUGGAGGGCUGAACUUAGGAGGGCCUUGGGAAGAGAAGGCUGAGUGUUCCCACCACUUUGCACUUCCCAGUGACCAGCGGCCUCUCUCGGGGCUUCUCCAGGGUGCUGGAGCAGAGGACUUCGCCUUGCACACAGCCUGCUAUUUCCUGAGUGCCCCCAUCCCUGGCCACAGGCAACUCACAAACUGCCCCUUUGUGCUUUGUCUGGAUGAACCUGCAUUUCAGAAGGGGGGUGGUCGAAGCCAGCUGCUGGUACUUUGAGGAGCUUCCUUUUGCCUUCCCUCCCUGAGGCACCCUGUGGUUCUGAGAAACAGCUGGUCAGUAUCAGCAGGUAGCCACGCCAUCUGGACAGAUGUGGGAACCCAGAGUCCGGAGGAGACAGCAGGCCUA